AGAGUCACAUGACCUGACUUUCCAUGCAGGCAGACGACCUCGCUUGCUCGGCGAAGGGAGAAGAGAAAGAAAGACGUGAAGCAAUCUUUUACUGUUGUUUAAUGCCUGCUGCUCUGUCGCAGUUGUUGUUUUAAUAGCGACAGCAAGCGCAACAUUUGGCCAUAACGUACACUAAAAAAAAGAAAAAUUGGUGGAGUAAAACGCCUUCUUUUCGUCCAGUAGAUUACAUAGAUCUACCUUAGUAUAUGUAUAUAUAGAACUAGAGUGAGUGUGAGAUUUUUAAGUAGAGAAGGAAAGGAGCAUUCUACAUUCAUCUACCCAGGCGGCACAUCACUGCUUGUUUUUCUACCGGAAAACAUAAGUAUAAUAUAAUAUAUAUAUAUAUGUUUUCUGCGGCAACAAGCUAGUGUUGUAUGUGCGGGCUGUAUUCGUUAUCAUUACCUGUUUGCGAUCAGAUCAUGUUAUUACUCUUUUAAGGUGCAUAUAAUCCUGGAUAUUACUUUGUUUAAAUUAUUUUAAUUGAAACCAACAUUCUAAAUUUUAAAAAAGGAUUCUUAUUUGACUGGAAUGGUUUUCUUAUUCUGAACAUAUUCUUUGCAUUCUGAAGGAUUUAUGAACCUUUUAAUACCUAAUAAGGUUUUGAUUUUUUGGAAGAAAGAGGCCUUAUAGUGGUCAGAAGUGGCUCAGCCAUGUUAUCAAGAAAAAGCACAUUUGUAAUAUGUCUCAUUUUGCUUGUAUUUUGUCAAGUAAUUUCUUCAUCUUAUAUCAGUACAAAAAUAACAAAAUAUCAAAAUGAAAAUAAUCUAUCAGAACAUUCUGAUAUACAAAUAGUACCAUUAACUGCAGAAUCCAAUCUCCCACCAUCUAUUACCAAGCAACCUAAUAAAAUUGGAUUCAUCCAUUCAAAGCAAUCACUAGAGCUUCCAUGUAUGGCUACUGGUAAACCAACUCCUGAGUAUACAUGGUAUAAAAAUGGUAAAAAAAUUGAUCUCAAUAGUACAGAAUACAAAGACCGAAUAAAUCAACUUGUUGGAGUUGGGUCUAUAGUAGUUCACAAACCUAGUCAUGAAGAUAUUGGUGAUUACCAAUGUGUCGCUGCAUCUAAAUUAGGGAAGUCAUUAUCUAUAAUCACAAGAUUAUAUAUGGCUGAGUUAACACCUUUUCUGAAAGAAAAAACAAGGCAUUUGACACCCCUAAUGGGAGAGAGAGUAAAAUUAGUGUGUGUACCACCAAAAGGGACACCAAAACCUACAAUAAGCUGGAGUAUAUUAGAGACAGGAACUGGUGGAAUGAAGCAAAUCAAACUUAAUAAUAGGAUCUCUAUGGAUUAUGAAGGUAAUUUAUAUUUCGCUAAUGUAGAAGCACAUGAUUACCAAGAUGGUAAUAACUAUAUGUGUUCAGCAAACAUUUUUUUCUUGAGGAUUUUUGGACAAGGAUUUGAUCAUGUUAUUAAACCAGAGGUAGUACGAGACGGAUCAAUUAAAAAGCCAGUUGAGCUCUUUUGGGUUUCAAAGAUUGACAUCAAAGUUCUAAGAAGUGAUGAUCUAAAAAUGAAAUGUAUUUUCAGUGCUCGACCAUAUUGGGUAACUGUUCCUGAAGAUGUAACCAAAGGAGUUGAUGAAAAUGUGACAUUUUCCUGCCAAGCACUUGGUAGACCAAAACCUGAAGUGAAAUGGUACAUCAAUGGACAACCCAUACAAUCUGUUCCUCCGCGAGUAAAUCAGCAAUUUCAAAACGAUACUUUGAAAUAUUUUAUGUUAACAAGGAAUGAUUCAAAGGUUAUUCAGUGCAAUGCUUCAAAUGAAAAUGGUUACUUAUGGGCCGAUUUCUAUCUAAAUGUGUUAGCAAUUCCACCGUCAUUUUCGGAAGGAGUUCCUGAAUUAACUAAAGUUGCAGCAGAAUCUGUUGUAGUAUUACCAUGCGUUGCAGAAGGUAAACCAACACCAGCUAUAACUUGGUUCAGAGGUGAUCAGCUAAUUAAGAGUGAAAGACAUGAAAUGUUACCUAGUGGUGCUUUAAAAAUAACUGGGGUACAAGCUAAAGAUUCAGGAGAAUAUACUUGUCGUGCUAAAAAUAAAUUUGGUGGAAUGAGUUCCACAGGCAAACUAGCUGUUCGAAAACGCACCAGUAUUGUUGAGGGCCCUGAUGACAUGGUCGUCAUGGUUGGAAAGACAGCAUUGUUUACCUGCUAUGCAAUUACAGACUCUUAUGAAAUUGACAAUUUGAAGAUAUCCUGGUAUAAAGACGGUGUACCUGUUGAUGUUAAUGAUCCAAAUAUUAAGCAUGAAGAAAGCAACAACCUGAUUAUUUCUAACCUUUCCAACAAAGAUUCUGGGAAUUAUACUUGUGUGGCUAGCAAUGGCUUAGAUAAUGCCACAAAAGGAGCAGAGUUGAAAGUGAAAGGACCCCCAGACCCUCCUACAGAUGUUAAGGUUAAUUGUCAACCCGAAAGUGCUACAAUUGCUUGGAAAGAAGGAAAAGAUAAUUAUUCACCUAUUACUCAUUACAUCAUUGAGUUCAAAACUUCUUUUGAUGAUGCUUGGUAUGAGAAGGGCAAGACAGAUGAUAAAGUUGAAAAGUGGGAAACAGAAUUGACAUCUUGGUCAAACUUUACCUUCCGAGUUAGGGGAGUAAAUGAAUUAGGAACCGGGGCACCUAGUGAACCUGCAGAUAAUGUGUGUACAACUGCUGCUGAUUUCCCACCAUUCCAUCCCAAAAAUGUGAGGACCUUAAUCAACAAGAAGGACUACUUAGUUGUAGUCUGGGAUCCUAUGUCACCUCUGCAGUUUAAUGGGCCUGGAUUUUAUUAUGAGGUCAAAAUUGAAAAGGAUGAUAAGGUUGAAACUUAUACUGUUGAUGGCAAUGAAGAAGCUAAGAAAGAAAUCAGAACCAAUACCACAUAUGAACCAUACAAAAUUACUGUUGCUGCAAAGAAUGAUAAAGGUUAUGCACAAGUCGACCUUAAAGAAAUCGAAGGAUUUUCUGGGGAAGAUUCUCCACUAGAAGUACCUAGCAACUUUGAACUAGAUCCCGACCAUGAAAUGACAGCUACAUCUGCAAGAUUCCGAUGGGACCCAGUUAAUACUGACACAGAGAAAAUGAGAGGUGUCUUCAAAGGUUACAGAAUUCUUUUCUGGAAACCUGGUGAGAAAGAAACAACUUUAAAGAAAAUUGAUGUUUCUGAAAAUACACAUAAUCGCCGUUCAACACGGAGAAGUCGACAUCGUAGAACAUCAUCUAAAGUGAAAGCCAACGUAAUGCUCCCUGCUUAUUCAAACUUUAGCUUGUCAGUGGUAGCACGCAACACAUAUUAUGAAGGCCCCGAGAGCAAUGUCAUUGAUGUCCAGACACCUGAGGGAGCUCCUGGCAGAGUUCAUUAUUUUAUGGCCUUAGUUAGAGGAUCUGGUCACUUCCACUUAAAGUGGGAACCCCCAGAAGAAAGGAAUGGUUUGUUAAUUGGCUAUAAUAUUGGAUUCCAAAGGAUUAAUGGUUUGAAAGUAUCUCCAGUACAAUUUGAAGAUGAACCAACUACUGAUCCAACAAUGACAGAGUAUAUACUACGUGGUUUGGAAGCCAGUACAAACUAUCGGAUACAGAUUCAAGCAAUGACCAGUGCUGGUGAAGGAGAACCAUAUUAUAUUGAUGUAUGGACCACAGAUGCAGGAAUGCCAAUUGUUCCUGACUGGAACAUGACACCAAUGGGAAAUAAUUCAUUAAAUGUAUCUUGGAAAAUUGAUUACAACAAAACUAAUCAACAUGUUGGCUUGAUGCAUGUUGUCGAAUAUAGAAAACUUGGUGAAAGCAAUCUGAAAAGCACUCCUGGUCAGAUGUUGAAUCGCUGGCAGAAUAUAUCUAACUUAUCUGCCGGAAUAUGGUAUGAAUUUAGAGUUGUUGCUAAAAGUGGUGAACGCCAAGCAGCAAGUAGCUGGAAAAAAAUUACUUUGCCUAAGCCAGCUCAUCCUUCUAUUAUAUUUAAAGGCACAGCUACUCAAGAUCUAACUUCUGCUACCUGGUUUAUUGCCAUGAUGGUGGCAAUUGCUCUUCUCAUCCUCAUUCUGAUCAUUGUGUGUAUUGCCAAGAGAAACCGUGAAGCCAAAUAUGAUGUGCAAGAAGAAGAAAGACUACGAGGCCAUGAUCCGUACAGUACUGAUGACCACCUCAAUGACAGUAAAAAUGAUGAAAAUGGAAUUGGUAAACCUGGAGCCUUAGUGAAUGGAGACAAAACCAGUGGAAUAAGUGAUUCCGAUAGCUUAGGAGACUAUGGAGACGUUGAUCCUAGUAAAUUCAAUGAAGACGGCUCCUUCAUUGGACAGUAUGGCACCCAGGACAAGAAGGAAGCAACGGAGACUGCUGCACCAUCUGCCAUGUCUACGUUUGUGUAACUCGGCAAAAAAAAAUGAGGUUGUUUUUUGGGGUUUUCUUUUUCUUUCCUCUCGGUGGAUGUGAGGAGAAAAAUGAUAAAAACACCAAUGAAACUACGGAGAUUAUAACUCUCCUUAACUACCCUUUUUGUAUGUAUUUCUGAGCUGCACUGGUUCAUCAAAUAUGGGGCUUAGCUUGAUCCCCUUGCCAGCUGCUGAAUACUAUUGCAAACAACAGUGAUAAACUAUUGUUAACAGAUGCUUCAGUGCCAUUAAAAAAAAAAAACAUUUAUUUAAAUUUAAAAUUUACUCAAAAAAGGUGAACAAAAUAACUUGCUUCAAACCAAAACUAGAAUUCACAUCAAUGAUUAAAAUACCCAACAGUAAUCAUCCAUAACUAAAUACUUCUAUUUAUUUAAUCAUUAACUUUCAUACUGUUUUUGUUUUGUUGGUUUUUGUUGUAUUUUGGAGGGGUUUUUUUCCAAGUGUGUGAAAAAAUAAAAAUUGAAAAAAAAUGAAUGUUGGGUGGGGAGAAAGUGUGUUUGUUACAACCUUCAACAUCUGCAGAUAUGUGUGUAUGUAUGUACUAGUUUCUCUGUGUGCAUGUGCAUGCAUCAGUAUGUCUGUGUGUGAGUGUGAGUAGUUAACUCAACAGUUAUGUGUACAGCUAUACUUGUGCUGCAACAAUGGGUUUUUUUCUACAAACUGUAUGAAAAGUGUAGUUAGUAAGAAUAGCUUUAUUUGCUACUGCUGCAUGUAAAUGUGUUUCAAAAUAGCGUUAUUUGUUUAAAUUAAUGUUUAGAUGCAGUUUUUUGCCAUCUUUCUUCAUUGGAAGUUUGUUGUCUUCUCUUUGCAUUAUCUAAUUUAGUUAUUGUUUUACAUAUAUAUAUAUAUAUAUAUAUAUAUAUAUAUAUAUACUCUCUGCAUUAAAUCAUUUAUUCAUUCUAUUUCACUUAAUACAUUUCAAAAAUGACUUAAGUUUCCUAUUUAUUCCUUCAUAUUAAUUCCUCAAAACUGGAACUUUUAGUUUCAGUUUUUUCCACCACACCAAAUCAUAUUGAAUACAAAAUCAUAAUGCAGUGUUUUGUCGAUGUGUAGACAUUUGCUGUCUGCUGGUACAAUGUGGGUGUCUAUUCAGAUAUGGUCCAGGCAGCAACUUCAAGUGAGAAAAUAGAGAAAAAUAUAUUGUUUUAUAAUCAAAAUUGUGUCUAAUAUUGUUACUGUGCUUGCAACAGAAUACACUCUGGCUGACAGCAUCUCUUUAUUAUUAUUAUUAUUAUUAUUAUCAUUAUCAUCAUCAUUAUUAUUAUUAUUAUUAUUAUUUAUUAGCAGACUCAGUAGAAUGCCAGACAAAAUACCUUGUUGUACUUACUUGGCUGGGAGUUAAUUCUCUAUAUUUGUGGUCUUCUGCUAAUAUCAUCAGCAUCUUCAUCCUUAUCAUCCUCAUCAUCAUCAUUAUCAUCAUCAUCAUCAUCAUAAUUAUUUUAAGGAAAAUUCUUAACUCUUGUUCUUGUUGCUGCCUUGUUUAUUGGAUUAUGAGUUUCUAUUACGUUAUUCCUGUUUGUUAGGGUGUCACCACACAGCCACGUGUAUAUAGCAUACACACAAUUGUGUGUGUGUGUGUGCUUGUUUAUAGGUAUGUAUGUAUAUAUAUAUAUAUAUAUGUGUGUGUAUGUAUACACACACACACAUAUAUAUGUAUAUAAUAUAUGUGUAUGUGUAUAUAUAUGUAUACAUAUAUUUAUAUCCUUAGAUGCAUAGGUACACACACAUGGGUACUAUCUAGGCAUGUAGUGUGAUGCUCUUAUUCAUUAAUCGAUCUUUAUUCACCAGUCAUUUAUAUUCUUUAUCUCUUUAUUGACUAAUUUUUUUUAUUUUAUAACUUCAGCCUGUUUAUCUUUCUGUGAUCUCCAGCAUGUAAAGAGGUCUACAUGACUGGCUUAUUGAAUUAUUCAUCUUCAAUCAGUAUCAUUCCAUAGUUAUCUUGUCAAUCCUGCACAAACAACUGUGUAUUGUCAGUUUCUGUGGAUUAAUAAUUGAUGCUGAAUUCUAACUUCAUUGUCCAUUACCUUAUAAAGCACCUAUGUUGUGCGGGUGCAGAAAGCACUUUGUUCACCUUUCCACACACACAAACAUGCAUACACUGAUACACUCACUCAUACAGACACACACACACACACAUGUGCACACACAUAUAUGUGUUUACAUAUAUAUGUAUGUAUAUGUAUGUACUGUUUAUAUAUAUGUGCAUAUGUAUGUAUAUGUCUAUAUAGAACUAUAUGUAUGCAUAUAUGUAUACACACAUACACUCACACACACACACACAAAGAUAGGUGUGUAUGUGUAUGUAGUCAUACACACAUAUAUGCACAUAUAUAUAUGUGUAUAU